UUGAAUUACAAUCAUAUAAAAAUGGUUAAGUUUGUUUAAAUACUAAGUCUGAAGAAUAUGUUAUCAAAGCUCAAUAUUUGCAAAGAGACACUGCUUCGAUAAACUUCAUUCUUAGCCUCCUCUCUAAAUAAAAAUUAGUGUCUCAAUCAAAUUCACUCACAAGAAUUGCAAAUACAGCACAAUAAUGAAAUUCUUUAAGUGCUUGAGUAAAAUCGUAAAAGUUUAAAGUCAGAAUCAGAAGUUGAGUACUUCUCAAUUACGGAAUCAACACUUAAACUUUUAGAUUAGUAGCUCUAACUAAUAAAACAAAGUAUGAUAGAUGUUUAAUAUUUUAGUUAUGAAAAAGUAAAAUAACAGAAAUUAAAUAAAAUAUUCUUCAUUAAGAUUAAAGCUUCUAGAAAAGGCUGCCAACUACUUUUACGAAAUUUGGUAAUUUGAUUCUAAUAAUAUAGCCUAUCUGUAAAAAUACUUGGAGGUAUAUUUAUAUUAUUUAUUUUAGAUUGUUAAAUCUUAUAAAGGAACUUUCAGUGAUCAAUACCUAGAGGGACUGUGCAAAUAUGCAUAACACACUCAAGAUUACAAAGAGCUAGAGUAAGUUUAUAGUCAAAUUGAAAAGAAUACUUUUUCAGAAAUACAAAAAAUAUGUGCUAUGACUCUUUUUAUGCACGCUCAAGAUGAUGUCUACUAUGAGCAUUUCAUUUUAAAUGAAUCCAUUUGUUAGGAUUAAUCAUUUGAAAUUAGAGUAAUUAUUUUAAUUAUCAUCCAAGUUUCAUCUUUUUGCCACUCAAUAUUUCCAACAAUAGAAUUGUCAUCAUACAACAAAGUAUCACAGAUAAUAAUGUGAAUUUAUGUCAUCCGAACAUUAGAGAUCUAUUGCUUAAAGCAAUUUAGAACUUUAAUUGUCAUUCAUGUAGAACAAAAGCAAAUACUAAUUGUGA